AUGCCCUUUGGCCUUACUAUUGGAACAGACCGUGCAGUGUCACUUCAGACAUCUAUCCAGGAUGAACUGACCGCACGAGGUUACAGUCCUGAUGCUGAUCCCGUCAUGGCUGAAUAUAUAACCAUAAUGAUAAUCAAUAACAAAACCGCAGCUCAAAUAACGUCUGAACUUGAGGAUUUGAUUGGCACAGAUUUUGAUCCUAGUUUUACCGAUUGGUUAUUCAUUGAAGCCGCAAAGGGAGCACCAGAAUCCGAAUCUCCAUCCCAAGCACCUGCGGUGCCUUCUGAGCCGCCACCUGAACCCAAGACUACCCGUGAUGUUCCCCCGCAUAUACCCACGGACCCAGCUCGCCGUCCGCCAAAUACACAGCGUGUAGGUGCUCCGCUUUAUCAGCAGGCUAUAUCGCAGGCUCUGCCGUCCACGUCACCUUCAGCUCAAAAACGAACAGCAUCUGCACGAUCUCCCUCGCCGAGUGGCCAAGGCCCUGCAAAAUCGAGGAGGACAGAUCUCCCGACCGGUCCUCGUGCUAUGUUCCGUGAUAAUAAUGCCAACACCACCAAUUCCAGGAGUCUGCUGGAGCGAGUAGGGGGACCUGCAGGUCCUGUGCGGAAUGGUAACUCGCAAGGAUUUCCUCGAGACGACAUCCAAGCUCGGAUUGACAAUAUAACUAGUAACUCGCCCGAUCCUAGCAUGAUGAUGGCAGGGUUCCCGAAUGGCAUGCCGGGUAUGGAUAUGAGUGCUAUGACGGGAAUUACCAAUCCUUUGGUUUUACAAGAGAUGAUGAUGAACCAAAUGGCCCUCAUGGCGCAAAUGGCAUCUUCGAUGGGAAUGCUUAAUCCUUCCACUGGUCAAUUCAUGAAUAAUGGCUUUCCAAUGCAGGGGGUGAUGCCAGACAUGGGGAUGUUCAAUGACAAUGUGGGAGGAGCGGGCGGCUUCCCGCCCAUGAAUAACGGUAGAGGCAGGGGCUCUGGUCGGGGAGGUCGAGGCGUGGGACGAGGGAGGGGAGGUCAACCAUCGUCGCCCGCAGCUCAGCCAAAUGCUUCAGGUUUCGAUGCCGUGCUACCUGUGCAGGCAGAGACAUCGGUUCCUCUCGUCUCCGAAUUUUCUAAAGCAAUUCCAAUAGCAACUCCUGUGCCUACAUUGGCUUCUACUCUCAACCCCGCACCGGUCGCUGCAGGUGCAACAGCACCAUCCCCAUCACAACGGAUAGCUUAUGCACUUCCCGAACGUCCUCAGUCCCCUACGCUUUGUAAAUUUGCGACAAAAUGCACUAACUCGCAAUGCCGCUAUUCUCAUCCGUCGCCCGUGGCCACUGCUGAAAGCGGUGUUGUUUUAAGCAAUGAAGCUUGCGAGAAAGGCAGAGAGUGCAAAGACAAAGACUGUAUCAAAUCCCAUACUAGUCCUGCCAUUAACUCGCCAGGUGCAGAACAUCAAAAACCGCCUACCGUCGUUUCUCCACCUACUCCUGCUGCCCAGCCCUACUCCCAUCCUACCAUUCCAUGUAGAUUUGGCGUGGCGUGCUCUCGUCCAAAUUGUCCGUACACACACCCGCCCCGCCCAUCGUCGAACAACCACUUUGCCCAACAGUGUCGUUUCGGGGCUGGUUGUACUCGUGCAACAUGUCCAUUCCAACAUCCUGAGGGACGCGUGUUGCCAUCAACCUUCCAUCGCGGACUUUCUACCACUGCUCCGAUGAUCAGCAUACAAGCACCUGAAACAGGCACUAUGGGUGGGCCUAGUCCUCACAGAAGCGUCACAUUUAACACUAACAAGGCUGGCGAAAACAUGAAAGACAAGUUGGAAAGGCAAAUUAAGGAGAUUGAGGAGAAGAAGAAAGCUGUCGCCGAGGCGGAGGCUGCCGCCAACAAGAAAGACGAGUCUAAAGCCUUCCCCAUUGCUGUCUGAAGAAAAUUGAUCCCCUCCCCCUGUCCUGUUGCUCAAUAAUGUAUUCCCUUCCUCUACCACCAAACUAAAAGCAAAAAUCGCGGACCAAUCGUUACUUAUUGCGUUGUAGUAUUUUUCUGUUCCAUAAUGCUCUCUUACUGGUACUGCCUCUGUUUCCGUUAUGUCGUUUACUGUUUCCUUUAUCGCUGACAAUAGUCAUCACACGGAGUGGAUAAAUGAAAAGGAUUACAUUCGACGGAUGACCCGCUUAGACGGGAUCCGCCUCCACU